AUUCCAUUUCGUGUAUGACAACGUGAUUGUGUAGCGACUACGAUGUCGCUCCAUGAGACGCCAUCAAAUAUCAGAUUAUUCGAGACAUCCACACUGAAAUCGAUAGCGGCAUCAACAAUUAAAACAUUAAAAAACAGCGGUAGCACUGCCAAACAAAGUCCUGCAUACAAUCGGCCAACAACUCAUUACCAACAAAAUUUUCUGUUUGGAAAAGCCAGGCAACAGCAGCAACACCAUCCACAGCAGCAUCAGCAACAGUAUCCCGAACAGAAUGAAACAACAUUUGCCCUGGUCUCUCAAAAUGCAAACAAUGCAACAGCCACCUUAACAACAGCGACGACAACAACAACAACACGACCAACAAUAGACGAGAAUCUAGUGGCAACGUCACAACGUCAACAGCCUGCAAUAUCCAUGUUAACCAAUGCUGCCAAUGAAACCUCAUCGCACACCAGCCUAGCAACAUCAAUUCCUCUACCGCCAUCAACCUUAUCUUUGCCAUCAUCAUCAUCGUCGUCAUCAUCAUCAACGUCCGUGCUAACAACGUCAAACUCAUCGGCUACAUUUCCUCAUGACUUAACAUUGGCAUCCUCCUCCUCCACCACUUCGACAUCCACAUCUCCGUCCUCAUCCGCGGAAUCAUCGGGCACAAGCGCCCUAUCAACCUCUACAUUUUCAUCGCCAACUGUUUUCAACGAUUCGGUAAAAACGUUAACUUCCGCUCUCACAACGGGUACAUUCAACGAUGCCGCCGAUGCAGCAACCUCCUCCUUUCCCCUGUCCGCCACCAACAAUGCCUUAGAUGAGAAUUUAUUUUCCACUCCUUACAGUUAUCUCGAUGGCUACAGUAGCAGCAACAGCAUCACGGCGACCACCAUCACCAACACAGACACCAUUCCCACCACCAGCACCAGCACCUCCCUCAUUAGCGGCGCCAUUAUGAACAAUAGCAGCUACUUUGGCUCACCAUUCAAUCUAAGCCUUUCGGAGAAUUCCACAACGACAUCACUUCUGUCCUCGAUGGCCUCCAUUACCAGCGAUGUCAGUAUCGCCGAUGACAGCGACAGCGAUAAUUGGAUGGACCUUUCGGUAGUCAUUCUGAAAGGCUUUAUAUUCUUCUCAAUUAUUCUAGCAGCCGUUCUUGGAAAUGCGUUGGUUAUAAUUUCCGUUCAGCGUAAUCGUAAAUUGCGGGUCAUCACAAAUUACUUUGUCGUGUCGUUGGCCAUGGCGGAUAUGCUGGUUGCCCUCUGUGCCAUGACAUUUAAUGCGUCUGUGGAGCUGUCCGGUGGCAAAUGGAUGUUCGGUCCGUUCAUGUGUAAUGUUUACAACAGUCUCGAUGUUUACUUUUCGACAGCCAGUAUUUUGCAUUUGUGUUGCAUCUCGGUGGACAGAUACUAUGCCAUUGUCCGGCCACUGGAAUAUCCACUGAAUAUGACACACAAAACGGUUUGUUUUAUGCUGGCCAAUGUUUGGAUACUGCCUGCCCUCAUCUCGUUUACGCCAAUAUUUUUGGGUUGGUACACAACGGCCGAACAUUUGGAGGAAAUUUCCCAAAAUCCCGAUCAAUGUUCCUUUGUGGUGAACAAGGCGUAUGCCCUCAUCUCCAGUUCGGUUAGUUUUUGGAUACCGGGCAUUGUGAUGUUGGUUAUGUAUUUUCGAAUAUACAAAGAAGCGGUCAGACAACGGAAGGCCUUAAGCCGCACCAGUUCCAAUAUUUUGCUGAAUAGCGUACACAUGGGCCACACCCAGCAGCCCACCAAUCUGAACUAUUUGCAUCCCAGUGAAUGUGAAUUAACCCUAACGAGAGAAGAGACUCAUAGUGCAAUAAGCCAUUUUGAGGAGAUACCACAAACCGAUGACGAUGACAAGGAUGAAUGCGAUGAGUUACGGGUGCCCUCACCACCACCCAGACGUCUCAGCCGUAGUAGUAUUGAUUUACGUGAUCUCGAACAGGAACGUUAUGAAAAGGUGACCCACACCGACAGCGCCCCCUCGAUGAUAGCGUUGCACUAUGCCGCCACCACGGGCAAUAAUGCAACGCAACAACAACAGCAGCAGCAAUUACAAGUGCCCUGCGCCAAUAAGGAUCUCAUCAAUUAUAAUCCGCAAAUUUGGCAGGAUAUGAAAAAUGAUUCUCCAUUGCAGCAGAGCAUUGCCAUACCCACACCCAGGGUGAAUGGCAACGGCAAGCAAUUUACAAAUGCCUCAGCCUCCAGCCGGGACUCGCUCAAGAGGCAGGAUUCAAAUUUCUACAGAAACUCUGGUUGUGAUUCCGAUCAAUACCACAGCAUAUUUGGUGGUAGUGGGGAUGACAGCGAGAGCAACGAUUAUUUAAUAAAAUUAAAACAAACUGCCGCUCCAGCAACCCUCAUACCUCUAUCCGAGGAUAAUAAAGAGCUUAAACGUCUCAUCGAAGAUAAUUAUUUGUAUUAUAAACGGCAAGCGGGUCAGCUGCAAAAAGCCAGUGAUAACCAACAGCAGCAACAACAACAACAAAACAAAGAAUCCUUUUCAGGCAAUAAAUAUCCAGCCCUGAGUGAGACUGAUUUUAUACGCAUGAAAAAUGGAGAAAAUCGCCAGCGCAGCCAAGCGGGAUCGUCGGCUACAAAGAAAUCCUUUGCCGCCAGUGACUCAGAGUUCCUCAAAAACUAUGGAGAUUUGAAAGGCAAGAAGACGGCCAAACAUUUGGAUUCCCUCAAGGAGGGUUCCGUCAACUCCACACCCAAAGAGGAAAGCAGCAAGGGCUUCAACUUGAAAUCUCUGCUGGCCAAGACCAAACGUUCCAGUACCGAAUGUUUUUCCCUGGAAAAGAAACGGCAUCAGGCCAAUUCGGAAGAAAUCAAGCCAAGUCGCUCUCAGCUUUUCAAGAGGUCCCGCAAUCGUAAACUUUCCCACAGCUACAAUGGGGGGCUGCUUAAGGAACGGAAACAUGACAUGCGUUCCCGGCAACACAGUGACACCGAUUCGGAUGUCUAUUUGCCCAGGCUGUUUGGGGAUAGCAUUGAUUCCACAAGUCGUUAUAAUACUCCCGAUAUUUUACUCGAUAUCAAUGUUCUCAAUGAGCAUUCCGAGCAAAUGGACGAAAGUCAACCCAGGCAGGAGGGGACGAAUGAAAGUCCACCCAGCAGGCAUGCCACCCAUUUCCAACUGAUCGAUUUGGGCGCCAACACUGUACAAGAAGUGGGACCCGAUGACUUGUCUUUUCUGAAAGACAUAACCUCCAACGACUCGCCGUUACUACCCUCCACCCCACCACCCUCCUUAUCCCCUUCAUCGCUCAUGGAUGCCUCCAUACCGGAAGCCCUAAAGUCGGACACCAAUUCCACCAUACCCGAAAAAUCCCAGAGUUCUCAAAAAUCCAGUUCUGAGUUGGUAGAGCUCUUUCGUUCCCUGAGUUUUCCCUCCACCGAACAAUCGUUUCACAAAGAAUCACCGGAAAAAUCCCAAAAAUCCACUGAUGCCAGUCACACACUGCGCAAGGAGUCGAUAAAGCAGCGCAUGAGCACGCUUAGCGAUCAGAUUUUGGUGAACAAGAACAGCAGUAACUUCCUGAUGUCACCACCCAUAACACCGAACUUCAAUUCGGCCAUCAACUUACCCGUUAGCCGCAGUCCCAACACCUUGGGCCACUCACCUUUCUCGGCCACACCCAGUCUGGGCGGCAAUAGCAUAAAUGUCUAUUUCCUAUCGCCACCACCCACCGCCACGGCCCAACCCGCAUUUCCUGCACUCACCAGCUCGCCAUCGGCAACAAAUCACAAUUUCAUUGUGAGCGAUACCUCAACGGUGUCCUUGGAUGUUUUUACCACACUGGCCAAUAACCCCACCCCAACGCAACAACAACAGCAGCAUCAACAACAACUCGAACCUCCCUCACACGGUCACGUACAACCAACGAAUCUCUCACCCAAACCGGAAAUUAUUUUAGAUUCCACUCUGUCGCCCACCACUAUGCAGCGUUCCGCCAAUGGUGGCAAUGGUCUGAGCGGCAGUGGCGGUUCUUUAACAGGAGAGGAGAAAGACUUAGCAUCACCUUUGUAUCAACGUCCUGACAGCGAACCGGAAACAACACUCACGACUACCUCUGUUAGUGGUGGUGGACGCAAACGUAGCUCUCUACUGACCGGAUACGAAGGCAUCCAAACGGUACGCAAACGUCAGGCCUCUGUGGUCACCUACGAUGUGAAUGUCAUCAAUUUUUCGCAGGACAACAGCGACAGUCGGAGUUAUAUACCGAUGGGUCGUGUCUCGACUAGUUCGGCAAAAUUUGAUCCUGAUUUCUCAAGUAAAUCGUCGUUGAAACGACGCGGUGGCAUUUGCAUUUUUGUCGACGAGGAGGAAGUCGAACAAAUGCUUGACCACAAUGUGGCCACACAGCAUCACCACAAUGGCGGUGUCGAUGGUGUCAGUGGUGGUGGUAGUGGCGGUGGCGUUGGUGGUGAUGGCAGUGUCACCAAGUGUCUUACCUUCAGUGUCAAUAGUAUGACCAGGGGUGGUGAACGCACCAAAUGCCUCUAUUGUGGAGCUGCUUUGAAAGCUCAACACCAAGCGGAAAAUAGCAAGCGAAACGAUAAGCAAACGCGUCACAAAACAAAGACAAUGGCACAAAGGUUAAGCUUCUGGCACAGAAAUCGAUGGUUGUACCGUAACCGAAAGCAACGAAACCCGGCCGGAUGUCAGUGUGGGGCAAAUGGUGGUUCCGUGAGACCCACAAAAGGUUGGAAGGCCGAACAUAAGGCGGCACGUACACUCGGUAUUAUUAUGGGUGUCUUUCUGCUAUGUUGGCUGCCAUUUUUUCUCUGGUACGUGAUAACAUCCCUGUGCGGUCCUGCAUGCCCCUGUCCCGAUGUUGUGGUGGCCGUACUCUUUUGGAUUGGUUACUUUAAUUCAACGCUUAAUCCUCUCAUUUAUGCUUAUUUUAAUCGUGAUUUUCGAGAAGCAUUUCGCAAUACACUGGAAUGUGUUCUGCCGUGCCUGGAGAAACGUAAUCCCUACAAUGCUUAUUAUGUUUAGCGGCUGUAAGAAGCGGAGAACACCGGAGGACCAUGUGCAACAUGUUGGUGGUUAUCUUGUCAUCGAAUACACAAAACAAAAGGGUCUUUUCCCUCCUUUGCUGGAGAUAAACGCAACAAUGUUCAAGUUACGUUACGUUACGCACACACACACUCACAAACGCUCACUUACAUUGGCCACAAACUUAUUGGUUAUAUGUUAGGUGAUACCUUUUGAUAAAGAAAUAAAGGAUGAAGUGGAAAGCUGCAUCGCAAUGACAACGUCGACAACCAACCCCAACCACAACCUCCAACACCUCUACCAUCAUCAUUGCCAUCAUCAGUUACUCAACCAUACGUAUGAAACCAACCUAAAUGUAAGUGUAUAGUUAAUCUAAGUGUGAUUGUAUAUGUAUUUGUAUGUAUGUAUUUAUUUGUUGUAUGUAUGUUAGUAAGCGACACUCAAGUCGGAAAAAAACCCAUAGUUAUUCUUAUAUGAAGCGAUAGUAAACUAUUUAUAUGUGAUAAAUACAAAAACAAAAAAACAAUGUAACAGUUCUCUUAUAUAUAGGUGCAUAUGUGUGAAUGUUUAGCGAUGUAAUUUUAAGUUUUACAAAAAACAACAACACUAAAAAAACAAAGAAAGAAGUACACGGUAAGAAUAACAAUAUUUUCGAAUAAUAUCCACAUUUUGUUGAUUGGAAAAUGAAACAAAGUUUACAAAUUGUCUA